AUGAAUGAUGAAGCAAAGGUACUGUUCGACAUGUUCCCGGACACCCCGCAUCAAACCCUGGCCACCAUAUGGCGCAACUGCGGCGAGGACUUCUCCACUGCGUUGGACGAGGCCCUCACAGUUGCAAGUCUUGGCAACGCCGACGAACAGGCUCGAUUCGACGGGGGUGACUUUGCCGCGAUAGAGGCACCUGUUGAUUAUUGGGAGGAUGCACCUGCGCUCCUACCCGCGCUGGGGGAACGCCGUUUUGCACCGGAAACGAGCGCGGGACCGGUGUCUUCCUCAAGGGCCCACGAUACCGCUCCCGAAACUAGGCGGCCGAGCGCAAAUGGAGGAGGAGUCACCUAUGCAGACGCGGCUUCAGCGAUGUCCCCGAGGGAAAACGGACUGCCGAAGCUGCCUUGGGAGGGCAAGGAAAAGCGGUACGUUAUAGGCUCCGGAGAGCUCGGGCUCUUGAACGAGCUUCAGAUGCCUAGGAGAGGGGCCGUAGUGCCGCUCCCCGUGGAUUUUCUCAGGGUACCCGUUGGCUCCUCCCAGCCCUCGACGCCGCCGGCGCCGGCCGCAGAGCCGCUCAUCGUCCUAGACCCCGAUGGGAGAUCAAGCGAGCCAAACCAAGUGCCCAGCCCCACUUUGGCAUCCGUUCGCGGCAGUGUUGUGUGGGACGGCGAGAGGGGGAGGGGAGACCCCGCCAGCAGCAGUCCGGGGGCCUCGUUCGGUGGCCGGCAGUUUGGAUCCCCGGCGAAGAACACGCCAUCGGUCAGAGCCAGCCCCACGCUCCUCCGGAAUGUUGGGGAGAACCAACCAACGGUUGAGAGCACCGACGCAAAGCCGCAGAUGAAGGUCGUAGGCGGCGAUCGGAACGGCGGUGAGCGAGUGGGCGACAGCCCGGGAAAGGAGGCGUGGGCGAUCGGCAGCAGCGGGCAGCGUAAGAAGCCGGUGCCAACAGCCCUGAGGGGAGAGCCGAUCCCUGCUAAUAGUCGCAGGACGGACUCCCGGCCGCCGGCCAGGGGAGGUAGCGCGUGGGGCGCAGGGGCAGGGGGCAACGCCCAAAAGGUGGAGACAGCGUCGGCGGCGGAGCGAAUAGCUAACUUCCGUCCGGGCACGAGGUUCCGCGUGGCGGUGGACAAGGGCGUGACUGGUCUCGGCAUCACCGUCAAGGAGAUUCGAGGGAGGUUCUUCGUGUACAAGCUGCAGCACCUGGCGGACGGAUCUCAAGGCGCAGCUGAGGAGGCAGGCGUAAAGGCGGGAGAUCAGCUGCUUGGUGUGGAGGAGCUUGACUUCGAGACGGAGAGAUGGGAUAUGGACCAACUGGUGUCAUACAUGGGCGAGCUGAUGGGCGUAGUGAUUCUCCACGUGAUGCGGGGCUUCGGACCGCUGCCCCAGGCGCCAAAGAGCGACUUCGAAAACGGCAUGAGCUACGGAGUUGCUCGUUCCAACGAAGAAGACGGUGCCGCGGACGGCUCUGCGGGCACGGAUGGCGGGAAUGAAAGCGGGGCGAGUACGGUUCAGAGGAGAGCUCGGCGGCUGGUGGAGGUCCUGGAGGAAGAAGAUCUUUCGAAACCAUCGGAGGCCGCCGAUAUCUCACGCCUUUACUGCCAAAUCAACGACCGAGCGAGGCAAUGGGACACCGGAGAGCUCUGGCUUUCGGUGAACGACAUGGCUCGCCGCCCUUCGAGAGAUACCCUGGCGGUGAUGGCGAACCAGUGGCACCCUGACCCGCCACCAGGCUGGGACGAGUCGGACAGCAGCGAGGGCCGGUCGCUGCCGAACAGCAGCGGAGCGCAGCGAGCAGAGAGAUCGUCAAGCGACAUUAGCGACGACUCCCUCGUGCCGGACCCGGCAGCAACAAAACGCGACGGUGUCGGCGCGCAAGACGGAGAUGAGCCCGGCACCGACCUUGACACGAUCGGGGCGGCUCUCCUCGGCCAGCCCCUCUUCAGCGACCCGUUGAUGGAGGGGCGGGUGGACGAGGCAGGGGCGGCAGCGGCGGCGCGAUCGUCCUUGGCGGACGGCGAUGACGAGGGCGGCGGGCACUACUGGUCCCCCUGGCCGCAGCUCGUGGCCCUCGAGAGCAAGGCCGCGCAGAGGACCACCGUGGUGCCCACGCAGGGCCUCCGGAAGGCCUUGAACGUCCGGAUCUUGGAGCAACCGCCACCUGUACCGGCGGCGGCGGCGGCGGGUAGCGACGACGGCAAAGGGGGGCGGUCCUCGGCCCCGCAGACCGCCUCGUAUCUGGUGUGGGUGAUGGACGUCGAGAGCGGGGCGGAGUGGAGGGUGCGUCGGUGCCACCCGGAGUUCUCCGAGCUCUGGGAGGUUUGCACCGGGAUGAGGCCGAGCCUGGCGCGGUUGGACUUCCCGCCGUGGCUGCCGGACGUGAAGGAGACGGCCGGGGUAGUGGACGCCCGUAGACCGAGGCUGGAGGCAUAUCUACAGCGGCUGUGCAGCCUCCUUUACAUGGGACCGCUGCACCCCUCGUCGGCACACCUGGCGCACCUGCUGCAGGACUUCCUCGGCACGAGCCCGCGCGUAGAGACGCUCGGGCGGCUGCAGAGGAGCAGGCCAGAGAGGGAGCUCCGGCAGGCCCUGCAGGUUCGCGCGUGGCAGAUGUUUCGACUCCCUCCGUUGGAGCGCGCGGUCGCCGAUUUCGUCCGGGAGAUUUGCGACAGCCCCGCCUCACGGAGCAAGAAGACCGUACCGGCAGAAGCGGUCCUGAAGAGAUUGACGGACGUCAUCGAGCACCUUCAGUACGUGGUUACUGAGGGCUGCUUCAACGAGCUUCGCGAAAUGGUUCGAUCUUCCUCGGCGGUGACGACAUCGGCUGGACGGGGGCACAGCAGUGGGAGGGGGUCCGAGGGAGGGGAGGGGGGCGGCAAUGACCACCCGGAGCUGGCUAGCCUUGCAGAGGAGGACGAGGCGCUCGACCUUAUCUCCGGCAGCGUGCGGCGGCAGGUGGAGGCCGAGGUUUUCGUGCCGGUGAUGGGAAGAAUCUACAAGAAACUAACGGAGGGCGCUACAGCCCGGCUGGAGAAGGCGGUAGUUCUCGGCGUGGAGGAAGCCAGGGGAAAGCCGCAAACCUACCACGGCGUCCCGACGAGCAACAUAUCUCCGAGCGGCUGGAGCAGUUCCAUGAGGCUGCUGCAGACCGUGGGGUUGUUCACGCUCCCGUGCGACAAGCUCGACGCUCUGAUGGCGGUGGCUCACGAUAUCCCUGCGUUGCAUCGAGUGGAACACCCCGGCGACAACGCCAGCAGCCUCGGUGCCGACGACUUCCUUCCAAUUUUCAUCUACGUUCUUGUCAACUCGAGGGUGGAGAAUUUGGCGGCGCAGUCUGUCAUCCUCGAGACUCUGUGCGACCCGAAAAAGAUGAUGGGGGAAGCAGGCUUUUGUGUUGCGACGUUCUCGGCGGCGUUACAGCACCUUAGCCGCCAGGCUGAGGAAAGAUCGCGAAGCAGGACCUUCUCGAGCUUUCUCGGACGACGGUAG